GGAUGGCCUUUUUAGCUUAUGGUAGCAUACAAGCUAGAGCUAGUAGCCGUGUUGUGCUGUGAGAUGCCUAUCAACAACCAAGUCUCGCCUCCAUUAAUUGCGAUGCAUACUAGCUCAGCAGACAGAUGACCGUACGGCGUGUUGUUGUUGACCAUAUUGCCUACGGAAAUGUGAUGUCUUUUACAUCAUUAUCGUGCCGAGCAGACUCCAGAUGGCUGUGAAGUGACAGGCUAACAAGGCAGCCCACGUUAGCCGAUGUAAACUGGAUUAGAAACUGGCAACCAGCUAAUCACGGUGUUAAUCCACAGUCCAGAAGAUGUGCUUUUCGAGUCAAGCAAGAUGCGGUGAAUGACUGUAAAACCCCGUUGGUUUUCUACUAAAGUUAGCCCUGGUAUCAAUAGUUAAUGUGUAGAGCAAGACGCGACAUUUUCAGGGCAGCAUUUCACCGAGUUGACUAGCAGGACUCGUCGUUCUCCAAAGAUGGAACUAAACCUGAAUCAUGUUGACUACAUACAGGUUGGGGUGACGUCCCAGAAAACCAUGAAACUACUGCCUGCUGUUGGGCGCAAAGCGACGCAAAAGGUGGCAGUAGCAGACCAUGAUGGCAUACUGACGUGUUUUGGGAUGAAAAAGGGAGAGGCAGUGCCUGUGUUUAAAACACUGCCGGGCCAGAAGAUAUCCCGCCUGGAGCUCGGGGGAGCGCAGGGAACGCCACAGGAGAAGAUCUUUGUGUCGUGUGGCUCUGAAGUCCGAGGCUUCACCAAGAAGGGAAAGCAGUUCCUGUCGUUCGAAGCCAACCUGACAGAGACCAUCAAUGCCAUGCAUGUUUCGGGAGCUGACCUUUUCGUGUGUGCCAGCUACAUCUACAACCACUACAAUGACUGUAAGGAUCAGCAUUACUACCUGUCUGGGGACAAAAUCAAUGACAUCGUGUGCUUGCCUGUGGAGACUGUGGGCCGCACAGUGCCUGUUCUAGCCUGCCAAGACCGAGUGCUAAGAGUGCUACAGGGAUCUGAGCUUCUGUAUGACGUGGAAGUUCCUGGGCCCCCAUCAGUGCUGGAGCUGAACAACCAAGACGGAGGUAAAGAUGGGGAUGAAGUUCUCUAUGGGACGGCUGAUGGAAAACUUGGCCUGGUGCAGAUCAUGGACUCGUCUCCCGUUUUCAAAUGGGGAAUCAAUAAUGAGAAAAGGAAAGGAGGGAUACUGUGUAUGGACACGUAUGACAUCACGGGUGACGGGGUGAAGGACAUCCUGGUGGGAAGGGAUGAUGGGAGUGUGGAGGUCUACGUUAUCGACAGCUCUAACGAGCCUACGCUGCGCUUCGAACAUGUUCUGUCAGAAAGUGUCACGUCUAUCCAGGGAGGCUGUGUGGGCAAGGAGAACUAUGAUGAGGUCAUCACAACUACCUACACAGGCUGGGUGACUGGACUGACGACAGAGGCGCAGCAGAUGGACGCGGGGCCAGGGGAGGAGGUGAAGAUGAGCAAGGAGACUCAGGCCAAGGUGGCCGCCCUCAGGGCCGAGCUGGAGCAGCUGCAGGUGAAGGUCCUGCAGGGCCGUGAGAAGUACCAGCAGAGCUCCCAGUCCAGCACGGCCGUCUCCGCAGUGCCCGUAUUCAGCGUCAACGACAAGUUCACCCUGUGCCAGGACGACGCCAGCUACAGCCUCACCCUGGAGGUGCAGAGUGCCAUCGACAACCUGCUGCUACAGAGCGACGUUCCAAUCGAUUUGCUGGACGUAGACAAGAACUCCGCUGUUGUGAGCUUCAGCGAAUGUGACUCUGAGCAGCCUAAUGGCAAUUUCCUACUGGCCACGUACAGAUGCCAAGCAAACACCACAAGGCUGGAGCUGAAGGUGAGGUCCAUUGAGGGCCAGUAUGGGACCCUCCAGGCCUACAUCACCCCCCGCCUGCAGCCCAAGACGUGCCAGGUGCGCCAGUACCAGAUCAAGCCAUUAUCCCUCCACCAAAGAACACACUCCAUCAGCCAGGACAGGCCGAUGAACACGCUGAGCCUGGUGGGCCAGUUCAGUUUCGCGGAGAUGCACUCGUGGGUGGUGUUCUGCUUGCCGGAGGUGCCGGAGAAGACUCCCGCUGGGGACACCAUCAGCUUCACCUUCCAGAACACCUUCCUGGGCACAGAGCUGGAGGCCACGUACUGCAAAGGGGAGGCACACUUCAAAUCUGACAACAUCUCCACAAUAUCGAUACUGAAGGAUGUUUUAUCCAAAGAGGCCACAAAGAGGAAGAUUAACCUCAACAUAUCCUAUGAUAUCAAUGAGGAUUCAGUGUGCCAUACUCUGCAGAUGAUUCAUCCCAAGCUGGAAUACCAGCUGUUGUUGGCCAAAAAAGUGCAGCUUAUUGAUGCGCUAAAGGAACUGCAGGUCCAUGAGGGUAACGCUGAUUUCCUGAUUCCGGAGUACCGCAGUAUUCUAGACGAAGCUGCGCACCUUCAAGACGAGUAUAAAAAGCAACCUGCCCAUUUGGAAAGAUUAUAUGGUAUGAUAACGGACCUCUUCAUAGACAAAUUCAAGUUCAAAGGACAAAAUGUAAAAACAAAGGUUUCACUGUUACUGGAAAUUCUGGACAAUUACGAUCUGAAUUCUUUGAUGGAUUUUUUCAAUGAUGCUUGAUAUACACUUCAAAAUGUGUCAGUUUAUUUAUGGUUGUACUGUUUUGUCUGUAGAGAAGCCUUUGUAUGAGCCUUUGUAUACCUAUUAAACUUUCAAGACUGAAGAGAACUCGACACAAUUAUUUUCUGCAUUGCCUUUAUGGAAAUGGCCAUAUAUUCUACUUCCAUAUUUCCUGCAUCCAGCUGUUUUGAAACAAUGUAAUAAAUGAAAUUAAAUUUG